UGCGACCAUGUACAGUUUUUACUAUUAGACGAUAUAGGCAGGCAGAGGGAUUACUGCAAUUUAUUUUAUCUGUUUAUCAAUCUUGCCCUCCUUUAAUCUCAACAAACGUGAGGCUUCUUCUGUAUUUUUUUUUGAAAAUCCCAUUUUAACACAGCGACCAUGUCAACUGAAAAAACAGGUCCUUCAGAUGCUCCAGUACCAACAUCUUCGCCUCCCCCCUACAGCCAGGUGAUCGAACCACGACUCCAUGCCCUGUCCACGACUUACUCCGUGCAGACACAGAUACCCGCUCCUCCUGUUGACGUGCGGGGAUACAUGCAGGAGACAGCAUUCCACAACGGAUCCCCAGGGUUCACCACCCUGCUGCCAUAUGGAGCCGUGGGCGCCUCCUCCUACAUUGCAGCACCACCCCCUGGUUAUGCCAUCCAGCUGCAGCCCUACACAACCCUUAUUCCUGUCUAUCCCCUCGGGAAUCCUCGUCAGCCAUGUCUGCCUGGAUACCUGGGCAUUGCUCCAAAUGGCACACAGUCCCAGAUCAGAAUCAUGAACCCCCCGAGAUCGCCGCAUGACUACCUCCCCAUUGCCGUGCUGACCACCAUCUGCUGCUUUUGGCCAACGGGGAUCUUCGCCAUUAUCAAAGCGCUGGAGACUCGGACAGCGGUGUCACAGGGAGACCGCCUCUCAGCACAGAUCUCCUCCCGCCAGGCUCGUAACUACUCAUUCAUCAGCCUGGCCGUGGGCAUCUCCACCAUGGUCCUCUGUGCCAUCUUGGCCAUCGUCGUGGCGAUUGAGGGCAAGCGCCGCGACACUGAAUGGGACCCCUAGCCCCCGCAGGGAGCGGGUCUGGCAGAUGUGGCUCAGUCAAACUCCAGGAAUUACAGAGCUCUCUGUCAGACAGGGGUAACAAGAUUUAAACUGGCACGUUCAAGAAUAAUUAUCCUCUUCCAUUUUCUUUGAAUGCAUUUAUUGUUACAAACACUGGAGAUCCAUGUUAUUCCGAUGGAGACGUGAAUUGCCACGGCAUUAUAGGCUACAUGAGAAAGAUUCUCAAGGUAUGUCCUGUCAAAGAUGGCGAUCUGAAGGCCUUAACAAAGAAGACUGAUCUUGGAACCAUUGGACACCUGAUUCUCUCCGCACUCCAGACAAACUCUCCCCAGAUGGAGAUUCAGAUUCAGAUUCACUUGUUUAUCACAUAUACAUUGAGGCAUAUAGUGAGAUGUAUUACUUGUGUUAACAGCCUACACAGCCUAACAACCUGCCCCAGGCCUCUGCUCCAUCCUCGGUCCAGCAAAGUGAACCUGUGAUGACAGACGUCCGUGGAUAUCGGACUGUGCAGGUCAGAGGGUUUGGGGAUUGUAUAUCCGUGCCAGCAGGAAGCACGAGGGCUGUGAGUUGGCACAACCGGAGUUCGAGGCCUGGACUUCCAGGUCCCAUCAUUCCCGUCAUUAGUUAGUCCAGGAGUCACAGAGCAAAGUCUGAGGGUCAUCGGAAUUCCAGUCGAAGCCUGAUGGCUGAAUCCUGGAGUUGGGGGACUGUGCAUGUGUGUGUGUGUGUGUGUGUGUGUGUGUGUGUGUGUGUGUGUGUGUGUGUGUGUAUGUGUCUCCCUGUGCAUGUGUGUGUGUCUCUCUCUCUCUCUCUCUGUGCGUGUGUGUGUGUCUGUGUGUGAGAGUGAGAGAGAGAGCGUGUGUUUGAGAGAGUGUGUGUGUGUGUGUGUGUGAGACAGAGAGAAAGAGUGUGUGAGAGAAAGAGAGAGUGUGUGUGUAAGAGACAGAGUGUGAGAGUGUGUUUGAGACAGUGAAUGAGAGUGUGUGUGUGAGAGUGUGUGUGUGUGAGAGAGAGUCUGUGUGCGUGUGUGAGUGCGAAUGGGAGAGUGAGUGUGUGUGAGUGUGAUUUUGUGCGUGUGAGAGAGAUAGUGUGUGAGUGUGAUUUUGUGUGUAUGUCUGUGUGCGUGUGUGUUUGAGUUUGUGUGGGUGUGUGUGGGAGUGAGGAAAGGGGCUUGCUUUUAUUGCUUUUGUCUUGUUGCUUGUUGUACUCUGUGUUGUUCUGCCAUGCAUUAUCCAGAUGUCUCCAGAUGUCAAAUCCUUAAAGAGUGAAAAAUAAAUAGCUGUUUCUAAAAUGCAAAUAGUUGAUUCAGUGCUAAACCGUCUAUCAAACAUAACAGGCAGAAAUUUGCAGCAGUAAGACCAGGAGAGUGGGAGGGGAGGUAGGUGGGGAAGGGCAGAUGAAGUAAGGAGCUGGGCAGUGAUAGGUGGCAAAGAGCUGGAGAGGAAGGAAUCUG